CGAUUCCAAUUCUUUAAUGACUUGAUAGUGAUUGUUGGACAGGCUAGAUGAUGUCGAGGCCAAGCUUGCAGACACAGAGAAAGAGGCUGAUAAAGCACGGAAAGACUCAAAAAAUGCGCGCGAUCAGUUCAACGAUGUCAAGCGACAAAGAUGCGAGCUAUUCAACAAGGCGUACAACCACAUUUCAGAUUGUAUUGACCAGGUCUAUAAAGACCUCACUAAAGGGAAGGCGUCGCCGAUGGGAGGCGUCGCAUAUCUUAGUUUAGAGGACAGUGAGGAACCUUAUAAUGCCGGCAUCAAAUAUCAUGCCAUGCCCCCGAUGAAGCGAUUCCGCGACAUGGAACAACUCUCAGGCGGGGAGAAGACCGUGGCUGCUUUGGCUCUCCUUUUUGCGAUACACAGUUAUCAACCUGCACCGUUCUUUGUCCUUGACGAGGUAGACGCUGCUCUGGACAAUACCAACGUUGCCAAGAUCGCCAACUAUAUCCGGAGCCAGGCGUCCGACUCCUUCCAGUUCAUCGUCAUUAGCUUGAAGGGCUCCUUGUAUGAACGUGGUAAUUCCCUUGUUGGAAUCUACCGUGAUCAAGAUGUAAACAGCUCUCGCACGCUGACGUUGGAUCUGACUCAGUACGAUGAAUAAUGGAGUUUUAUUGUUAUUUUGCUAUCGUGGGCUGCAUACUGUGGGCUGCAUUUGGCCCAUCGAUAAUUUGUUCAACCUUGUAAUUUCAGCUGGACUUGGAGCUUGGAGGACGAUUUGAAUGGCCGGAGUCGU